AUGAACGCGAAGCGUUUGCGGUCCUUAGCCUGGUCCAAGGACGAGUACAUGAUCUCCACAGACUCCUCACUUGUAUCUCUGGAUAUUUUCAAUCAAUGGCUCGUCACGAGCGACAUGCACUGGGCCAAGCCGGUCCCGCCUGAUGUCCUGCAGGAGAUGCUCGAUCAUUCUCUGGUCUUCGGACUCUACGAGAAUCCAGAUGCUGUGGUCAUGGGUGGAGAGGGCGCCUCAAAAAGUAAUCUCACGAUGGUUGGUAUAGCCCGAUGUGUUACCGACUUUACAACAUUCUUGUACCUGACAGAUGUGUAUGUUGGACCGCGGCUCCAAGGUCAGGGACUUGGGACCUGGCUGAUACUGAAGGUUCAAGAAGUCAUUGAUUCUAUGCCCAAUCUGCGCCGAAGUCUACUCUUCACCAGUGAUUGGGAGCGGUCGGUGCCGUUCUAUGAGAAGCACAUGGGGGUCGAAGUCAUCGAAUCUACCAGAGGUAGUGGCAUGGCUAUCCUGUCCAAGAAGGGAGCAGGACAUGUCGUUGUAGACGACGCAGAGCGGCAGUAA